AGCUAAAACUCAUGCGUAGAACCACGUUAUCGGGUCUAACGAUCGUCUCGCGCCGAUGCGCAUGUGCAGGUCGUCAAAUCACAGGCACUUCUUCGAUAUAAAGUUGUUUAUGACGAAAAUGAAAACGUUUCAGUUUGUCACGAGGUUGGAGUAAUAACAUGUUCAACUACUUAAGACAUUGGCUCGAAUCUAUGUUAUGUUUUUAGAUUUCGAGAAAAUCAAGAACUAAUGAAGAAUUGUUGAAGAAAUCUGUUUGCUCAGAUUUUGGCGAGAGUGAAACCUCUCGCUUCGCCUCUUCCUCUCUGGUGAAACUUAAAUCUCGGGCGGGAACGAGUUUAGGUUUUAGUUUGCCGGUGGAUUUUGUACCGAGCUGGCGAGCUAUCCAAAUAAAUAUAUUUGGACCUAACAGCAUUCUUUACUUUAGUAUAUUGAAAAGAUAACUGGAAACAGACGAACAGUUGCGCUCGACAGCUAACUACGUUUGGUCGAGGGGAAUGAUGAUAUCCAAGGGACAGAAGCGCAAACUCCAUGAUGAUGUCGUGGGGGGCAUGCGUAGCGCCACUUGGGAGAGCCAGCGGCAGUCAGUGCUGGCCAUCUCCCUCCACAAGUACCACCACGGGCAGGAGCUGGUGGAGCCUAGUUUGCGCCGCUCCGUGUUGAUAGCCAACACCUUGCAGCAGAUACUCUUAGAAAACAAGCCUCCAUAUGGGUUAGUUAACCUGGCAGGACCAGUGCCAUCCAUGGUCCCAUCUAACCCCUGCAACCGCAGGGAGUCUGGUCUAGGUGUUGUAAACAGUGCCUCAGGUGUCGAGGAUAUGGAGGAGGUCUGGAUGUCCUCAGAGAGUGACUUCUCCCUGUCAGCUGCUGUCUCCUCCAUCCUGAAAGAACUAGACUUGACUGUUGAUGGAGGGCCAGGGCCUCAGGCACCUCAGAGGACACCUUUCAUGUCCAUUGAGAACCUACCUGGAGACCUGGGGCUCAAACAGGCCCCCACGGGGCACUGGAGCUCUGAGUGGCGCCCUGAGGGGUCUAGAACCUCAGAGGGGGUGGCUUUUGGUAGUGUGGAGGAGGUCAUGCGUUCCAGCUACCUGCAGGAUGUGAAACUGGAUGAACUUUUCCAUGACAUUGACACGUCUGUGUUUGACAGGGAGAUGGGGGUCCGAGCACUCUCUUCUGCAGCCAGUGACGAGCUGCUUAAGUACUUACCCCCUCUGUCCUCCGUUCCGUCCACUUCACCCUCUCCCUUCUCCCUCAACCAGAGCUUCAGGGACCUGAAUGAGCUGGAGCACAUCAUGGAAAUACUGGUAGAGUCUUGAUCACCAGAACUUUGAGGAAAUUAUGACAUUCUAAAGAGAACAAUACAUUGAAAUUUAGUAUUUACUCUGUCCAGCUGAUCACACGGUUUAAUGACUGAAAUGUGCUGUUUUUAUACAAAAAAAGAAAAAGCUGAAUGAGAGACUAGCCUACUUUUUUUAGUAGUGGUGUUUUGAAUGUUAAAUGUAAUAUUCCUUAUGCCUAGCUAUAUAAAGAGAUUAUAUUGUAAGAUGUUCCUAAUAGCAAAUCAGUUCAGACUGAUGUCCAAUAAAUUAAUUAGUGGGUAGGAUUGACUCAAACAGUUGGAAUUUUGGAAGACCAUUACAUGCCUCAGGCAUCUAUUGAAGGGAAGGUAGAUGACCAUUUCUAAAUGUGAAAUAACCACUAACCUGAGGGGAAAUGUCUUCUGUGAAGAAAUCCCUUUCACUGGUCUUACUCCAGUAAGUCGAGGGUUAAUAUUGAACACAUUCUCACAUCCUUCAAUAUCACAAAAGUACAACUGAACUACAAUAAUACUGCAUUGUAUUGGUCAGUAUGUUCUGUAGUAGUAGCCUACCUUGCCUAACCAGUAUGCAUAAUUAGGCUACAUAUUGAGCUGUGCCACUAGCUUACAGCUAGCUUCAGCCAUUAGGAAAUACAAAUAUUAACUUAACCUGAGUUACUGGCUGUGAAAUGUCAUGGUGCUUACCAGUAGGUCAAUAUCAGGUUAUAACCGCUGGAGUUAAUAUGAAGGAAUUCCUCAAUUUGGUUGUGCGUGCAAUGAUGUCUAAGGGGAAAAAUAGUGUUUGCUUGCAGUAACUUGGUUGUUGUAAUAUCCCAAACGGACGUGGCAGUUUCAUCAUUAAGGAUUUCACUAAGGUCUAUUGUGUGGCAUUUAGAAAAUGUCUAACCAGGGUCAAUGUAAGUCGCUCUGGAUAAGAGUGUCUGCUAAAUGACGUAAAUGUAAAUGUCAGAAAUGGUUCAAAGGAUGAGUUAUUUAUAGAAAUGUCAUAUUUAAAUGUUCAGCUAAGUAUAUGAUCGUUAUGUUCCACAAUGGCAGUUUAUAUUUUGUAUAUUAUUUUUGUUUAUAUAAUGUAUUUUGGCCUAAUGCCCUGAAAAAGCAAGUUAUUUUAUGCUGACAUUUUACAAUGAAAGACAUGUAAGUGCACUGUCUAAUUUAUGCAAUCACCAUGUUCAUAUUUUUUUAUAAAUUCAGGAAUUAAAUGGGUUUGUGCCAAUCUUUUCAAACAA